AUGAAUAAACACCAAAGAGUAGAUGAUGUGGUUUACGGCGCGCCAUCGACUGCUCAUCAUGUGAUCUACGUUUCCGAUCUGACCGGUGCAAGUGCCAACCUCGGCGGGGAGGCGUACAUCACGACACACCCAUCCCGCAGGCACCUCUGCAUCCAGCCACAUGGCCGCCGAUUCACGCCAACAGCGAAAACGACAGCCCGCAAACUACACGGGCAUGCAAGCAAAGCACACGACAGAUACACCGCACACGAAGCACGAGAAUUCGCAAUGUGCCCCGCCACAGUGCCACCCCUCUCAUCCGUCAAGGCGCUUGCAUUCGACGUCUUCGGCACAACCGUAGACUGGCGCUCCUCAGUCACAGAAGAGCUGACGCUCCGCGCGUAUCGCAAGCGCUCUUCCAACCCGUCACCCGCCCUCAAGGACCGCCUGGACAGUCUAGACCAAGACGACUGGGCGCGCUUCGCCCAGGCCUGGCGCGACACAUAUGUCCACUUCGUGAGGUCCUUCAACCCCGGGCAAGACGUGUGGAAGACCAUCGACGAGCACCACCGCGACAGCCUCGUCCAACUGCUCGGGACGUGGGGUCUCGAGGGCCUGUACACGGACGCCGAAGUAGACUCGCUCAGCCUGGUGUGGCACCGCCUUGCUCCCUGGCCCGACACCGUGGACGGGCUAGCCAAGUUGCGCGACAGCGGGAAGCUCGUGCUGGCAACGCUGUCGAACGGCAACAUGGACCUGGUGAGGGAUUUGAAUGACUUCGGAGGCCUGGGGUUCCACCGGCUGUUUUGCGCCGAGACGUUUCGGGCGUACAAGCCUCGCCCGGAGACGUAUCUCGGCGCGGCGAGGGACAUGGGCCUGGAGCCGGGGCAGGUGGCCAUGGUUGCUUGCCACAUGGGCGACUUGGAGGCUGCCAAGGCGUGUGGUCUGAGGACGAUAUACGUUGAGAGACCUAGGGAAGAGGCCUGGGAUAAGGACGGCGAGGAAUUCGUAGCGGCUAGGAAUUGGGUGGAUUUGUGGAUUGGGGAGGAGGAAGGUGGGUUUGUUACUAUGGCAGACAAGCUCCUGGAUAUCUUGUAG